UUGGAAAGCCAGUCAACGCCAUCUUCUGUUGUGUCCUCCAGUUGUGCUGCAUCUAUCAUAAACGAGUAUUCUAAUCAGGACCCGAACUUUGCCUCUGAAGAUGAUCCAGACUUGCAAGGCCCACGUUCCACUAUGCGGCGUUCAGCAUCGUCAACUGAUUCGCAGUCUUUCCCAAAACGUAGGAGUAGACGCAAAGAGCCCCUAACUGAACAACGAAAAUUUAAUAUAGCAAUGGCCAAGAAAUUAUCUCCAAUCGCAAAGUAUAAGGAACAGAUGAAGAAGGUGAAAGCGAAACGGAACCAAAGACGAAAGUUCUCUCUCAUUCAUAGCUUCGAAAGUUCUGUUUCAACAAAGAGAAGGGAAGUCAUAGAUAGGUCGUCAUCGCUCAAGUUUCAAUGUUUCCUUCAACCACCUCCAUCUCCUACAAAUGUGCAUUCACCUCCAACUUCUACAGUUUCUACACUCACCCCUCUACCACAACCAUCAGCAUUUUAUCCACCACGGCCAAUGUAUAUAGUAGAUGAUACAGCCACCACAAUCAGCCAGUUCCCUCAGGAAGUUAUUGCUUAUCAAACGCAAAUAGCUUCAUCAACAGCAUUAUACUCAGAAAACUCGACAACAGCCAUAACACCGACUGCCUUACGUAACGCCUCCAUCUUCGUUCCAAAUAACUGA